AUGGCUCAUGCAGUUUCAAGAACAUUAUUAUCAAUAUUUGUUAUAAUUAGAUUUACAUUUAUACAUUUAGAAAUUGUAUAUAUUAUGAUAUCAUUCGAUUUUAUAAUAGUCUUUUUGUGCAUUUAAAUUGAUAGACGAAGAAAGGUUCAAUGUUUCUUUAACUAAAGGUUGAGGUAUAAUAUAAAUUAUUUAUUCAUAUUUAGAGCUCUUUUGA